CUGCAAUAUUUGAACACUUUGCAACAAUCAAAUCGCAUCACAAAACAUCCCACCAACGCCAAUCAAAAAAGAAAGGAGGGAGAGGAUUGCUUAACUAGAAAAAAAAAAGUUGCAAUGGCGUCUUGUAGGAUAUUCAUGAUCAUCGCCAUUGUUGCAGUCUUCGUUCCUUCAAUCUUGGCAACAGAACAUAUGGUUGGUGACAAGACAGGUUGGACCCUAGGCUUUAAUUAUCAAACCUGGGCUCAGGGAAAAGCAUUUUACGUGGGAGACACACUAGUUUUCAAGUAUACGCCAGGAGCACACAAUGUGUUGAGUGUUAAUGGAACUGGAUUCGAAGAGUGCAAGGCAGCUGAUGAUAUUGUGCCCUUGACUACAGGAAAUGAUGUGAUUACACUCUCAACUCCUGGGAAGAAAUGGUACAUUUGUAGUGUGCCCGGGCACUGUGAGUCUGGGAACCAGAAGCUUUUCAUAACUGUGUUGCCUCAACUGUCAUCUCCAGCAACAUCACCUUUUCCCGGCCCAACUGACACCUCCCCAUCCGGAGCAGCAGGCAACAUUGCUUCUACAUACUAUGGGUUGAUUGCGGCCAUUGUAGGCAUCUUUGGGAUGAUCAUGUUUUAAUUUUCAUAAAGAUGUUGUCCAAGGAUUGUUUAUUCCCUUUAUUAUUUGUAAUCAUUCUUUAGAUGUUGGUUUGUAAGCUAAUUAUAUUUCAAUAAUAUAGCACUACUACUCAACAUUACCCUUAA